UUCGGUUUUGAUGUCUUAAGUUUAUUUUUUCAUUUCCUCUGUUUUCUUUCCCGCUGGUUAAUGAAUCUCUUUCUACACAUGCAUCAUGGGUGUAUUGGAUCUGAAAUCAAAGGAAUCAUUGGAUGAAGAUGCUGCAAUGAGGGAGACUAUCAAGAAGUUUUGUACUGAUUGCAAAACCACAAAGACCCCUCUUUGGAGAGGUGGCCCUGCUGGCCCCAAGACCUUAUGCAAUGCAUGUGGGAUAAAAUAUAAAAAGAAAAGAAGAGCAAUUUUGGGUUUGAACAAAGGGUCAGAGAAUAAGAAAGUAAAAUGGCAUUCAUCAUCAUCAUCCAGCACCAUCACAACAAGCUCAGCUUCUACUCCUACAACAAAUAAUAUCGCUGUUGAUGAUAAUGAUGAUGAUGACAUGAAGCCUAGUGGCAAAUUUAGUGAGUUGUGUGAGCCAUUGAAGAUCAGAUUAAUUGCUUUGGGCAGUGAAGUUCUGUUGCAAAGAUCAUCAUCAUCGUUAACAUGGAUGGUGAAGAAGCAGAGGUGUCAAAGAAGAAGGAAGUUAGGAGAGGAAGAAGAAAAUGCUGCUGUUUCUUUGAUGGCUUUGUCCUAUGGCUUAGUUUUUGCGUGAAAAACAAAUUAGAGACGGAGACAAUGUUGAAACCCC